UUGACAGAAGUUAUUCACAUUUUGACUGGUUUGACAAUUGCAUUUUUCUUAUAUAUAGUUUUCUCAGAAAAACUAUUUUUCAUAUCAAUAUUCUGUUUCUGUGAACCUGAUAUGAAACUCUUAUUCUCUUCUAGGAGAAAGACAAAAGAUUUAAUUUGUUUUUCCAAACCUGAAACAUAGCAGAAAAUGGUGGAGGAAAACUGCACCGUGGUGACAGAGUUCAUUCUCCAGGGACUAUCAGACAUCCCGGAGCUGAGAGUCUUCCUCUUCCUGUUUUUCCUUCUAGUCUAUGGGAUCACAGUUGUGAGCAACUUGGGCAUGAUUGCACUGAUUCAGGUCAGCAGUCAGCUUCACACCCCCAUGUACUUUUUCCUCAGCCACUUAUCCUUUGUGGAUUUCUGUUACUCCACCAUCAUUGUGCCUAAGACACUGGCCAAUAUCAUAAACAAGGACAAAGCCAUUUCUUUCCUGGAAUGCAUGGUGCAACUCUAUUUGUUUUGUGCUUAUGGACUCACUGAGGUUAACUUGCUGGCUGUGAUGGCCUACGACCGCUUUGUGGCCAUCUGCAGCCCACUGCUGUACAUGGUCAUCAUGUCCCAGAAGCUCCGUGUGGAGCUAGUGUCUGGCUGCUACCUGUGUGGAACAGUGUGUUCUCUGAUGCACUUGUGUUUAGUUCUUGAGAUCCCAUCCUAUCGAUUGAAUAUGAUUAAUCACUACUUCUGUGAUCUACCCCCUCUCUUAUCUCUUGCCUGUUCUGAUGUCUCUAUGAAUGAAUUGCUUUUGUACAUUGUGGCCACUGCCAAUGAGAUCAUCGCCAUUGUGGUCAUCCUCACCUCCUACUUGCUUAUUCUCAUCACCAUCCUGAGGAUGCGCUCUGCAGAGGGAAGGCGCAGAGCGUUUUCCACCUGUGCUUCCCACUUCACAGCCAUCAUUGUCUUUCACGUAACAAUUCUUUUCAUUUAUUGCCGUCCCAGCUCAGGCAACAUUCUGGAUACAGACAAGAUAGCCGCGGUGUUCUACACUGCAGUGAUUCCCAUGCUGAACCCCCUGAUCUACAGCCUGAGGAACAAGGAUGUGAAAGAAGCUUUCAGGAAAGUGAUGGGAUUUAACUUACUUUCCAAGGGGCCAUUUUCUUAG